CUAUACUUUUUUUUUGGUCUCUUGUGCUGUGUUGUUUGAAAAUUGAAAUUGUUAUUUUUCUCAAUCCAAUGUUGAGAAGAUGAAAGUGUGUUUGUCUGGUAGAUUGUUGGAACUGAAUGUUGCUAUAUCUAUAAAAGCUAUUUCGUAAAAAUUGUUUUACUGAUUUUGUAGUGAAAAAGGUCUCUUGUUAAUGAAAACAUGAGUGAAUUGCCGAAGCUCGAAAGUGCAUCUUCGGAACCAAGUGAAAACGUGGGAAAUGCUCUAAAUGAAGAAUCUUCCAGUGAAAGUCGUGGAUCUGAAGAAACUUUAAGUACUAAAGAAACAGAAUCAUUUAAAGAAAAUUCAAAUUCUGAAGAUUGUUUUCAAAUCCUGAGCACUACCGAGCCAGACAAUCUGAAAACUGAUGAUUCAAAAGAUGAGCCUAUUGUUACAGAAAUAACUGAAGGGAGUAAAGACAUUGUAAAGGCUGAUGAUUCAAAAGGUGAGCCAAUCACUACAGAAACAACUGAAGGGAGUAAAAACAUUCUUGAGACUAACGAUUCAAAAGAUGAGCCCUUAACUUUAGAAGUGACUAAAGAAAAUAAAGACAUUCUUGAGACCAAAUGUUCAAAAGAUGAGCCAAUUUCAGUAGAAAUGACUGAAGGAACUUCAGACAUUCUCAAAACUGACGAUUCAAAAGAUGAGCCAAUCACUAUUGAAAUGACUGAAGGAAGUAAAAAUGAUAGUGACAUGAGAUCAAAUGCUAGCGAAAUAGUUUCAGAAGAAUCAGGUGUUAUUGAAGACAGUUCGAAAACUAGCGAAUCAAUUCCUAGUUCAACAAUAGUGAUAGAAACUGAUGUUGAUGAAGACAGUUCAAAAAAUAUCGAAUCAAUUUCUAGUGAAAAAAUUGCAACAGAAACUGCACUUAAAACUGAAAAUUCAAAUGCUGGUGAUGCUGAUUCAGAAAAAAUGGAAAUAGAGACAGAAGUUCUGCCUCCUGAAACUGAAGAAUUGGAAAAUGAUGUAGAAAUGGUGGAGGAAAAUGCUUCAAAUGAAGAAAAGAAAGAAUCCCCAUCUGCUGAAGCAAAGAAUAACUCGUCUAGUGAAGAAAAGUGUGAAAACUCGCCAAGUGAAGCAAAGAAUGAAAAUUCUCAGAGUGAGGAAAAGAGUGAAAACCCGCCUAGUAAAGAAAUGAAGGAAAGCCCAUUAUGUGAAGAAAAGAAUGAAAAUUCAUCAUGUGAAGAAAAUAAUGACAUGGAAGUUGAUGAAGAUGUAGCAUUUGAAGAAUCCACAAGUGCAGCAAAACCAGAAAUGGAAAUUGAUCCAGAUGUAGUUGACGAAGACGCAAAAACACCAAAACCAGAAGUGCAACAAAAAGAAGAUGCACCAGUUGAAUCUGCUUGUACAGACAAACCAGAACUAGAAGUCAUAGAAGAUUCGUCAGCCAAAAGUUCAAUGGAUUCUGAAACAUUGGGUGUCAAUUCUGAUCUUAAUGUAUCCGAAAAAGUUGAUGCAAAGGAAGAAGAAAUAGAAGUCUUAGAAGAUUCGUCUGACAAAAAAUCCAUGGAUUCGGAAACAAUGGAUCCGAAGCCUGAUGCCAAUGCUUCUGUAAAAGUUGCUGUGAAUGAAAAAGAUAUGAAAUCUGAAAAUAAUGCUGCAGAAAAAGAUGCUGAGAAAAAGAAAGUUCUGUUCAUGCCGAUCGAUCUUGGAAUAGAUCCUGGACCACUGGAAGACUUUACUGCUCAGGAAAUAAUGAAUUAUCUUGGAGAAAAAGUAACCGAGUAUAUGAUGAAUCCUGAGCUAAAUGAGCUGCUGCGUGUGCAGAUAGAGAGCGCUCAGCUGAGAGAUCAAGUACGAGCAAAAACUGAGGAAUUGGGUAGACUGCAGACUUUUAUGGACAAGUUAAACAGAGAUCAGGAUAAGUUUUUACGUCAUUUUGGAGUAUUACCAAAGAUACCUACAACUGAUAUGAGUGUGUUUGUUGACUGGGCUGCAUUGGAUUCUUUCCCUGCUAACAAUGUAAACAUAAAAGAACAGAUACAGAAAAAUGAACAACUUACUCUCACGCCUUGUGGAACUUCCCCUAAAAACAACGUAUCUGCAACUAAUGCUGCUAGUGGCUCUUCAACACUAAAAAAAUCUCCUGUUCCCAAGAAAGAUGGUCCUGUUGAAUGCAUCGACUUAACAGAUGAAGUGGAGGCUCCCAAUAAAGCUAUCAACAAAGCUCCAAAUUUCAAGACUUAUUCAAUUGGUCAACAAGCUCAAGUGCCAAUGAAAUCGCCAAAUAAAGUGCAUCCUGCCCCACUUCCAAUCAUGCCAAAUAGAGUGAAUAGGUACCUGAAGGAGUCACCUCCAAAACCACGAGUCAAAAUUAGCUGUGAUGAUAAAGGUAUCAUUUUACAAUGGGAUGCAGAUAUCACUGAUAAGCAUGAGAAAUUGCAGUGCUUUGAGAUUUUUGGCUAUCAAGAGCAAAAAAAUCAGAAUAUUACAAGUGCACUGUGGAAAAGGAUAGGAAAUGUCAAAACUCUAUCAUUGCCAAUGGCGUGUACUUUAACAAAGUUUGUUCCUGGUAACAAUUAUCAUUUUACUGUUAGAGGACUUGAUAUUCAUAACCGUCCAGGCAUCUUCAGUGAUCCAGUUAGUACUAGAUUCGACCCUGUGGUCAAAAAAACUUAAAUCCAAGUGAAGUCAUCUCUCGUUGAGAUUUUUACCUUACAAUAUGAAUUGUAUAGAAGUGAUGAAGAAGAUUUGUAACUGAAAAGCAUUUCCAUAUAUUUAUUUUUUAAUAAAUUAAAAAUUAUUACUUUUGUACUGUUGUGUGUGUAUAUAGUGUAUAAAAUAA